AUGGAAGAUUCCGACUCCGAAACACCGACAUGGGAAGAAAUCGAGGCUUCAGAGAGCUACCUUGUUUGCUCCAUGUACGAACAAGCUGCAUCGUCCGCUUCCUCUAUCUUGAAACGCUUGCCUCGUGAUUCUGAUCACAGAGACACUGCAAUUCAAGAUAUGCUUCAAUCAACUGCUAUGGUCCUCAUUCAAGCAUUCGAUCAGCUUGGCAAGACACCGGAAAUUCUUGAUCAACUUAGAAUGCACUUCAUUUCACUAAAAACUAUUCCUGCACAAGUUCUCCUUACUGGAGCUUGUUUUCAAAUAGCACAAGGUUCUGCUUUUGGUGUUCGAGAAUUUCUCGAAGAAUUUCUUAAUGGAUGGACUCUUGGUGAUGGGCAAUAUGAUGCUGUCAUUGAAGAAGAAAAUGUAGGGCAUGGAAGUAGUUUCGAAAGACAUUUUGUUCUUGGAAUUGAUGAAUAUUUGGAAGUUGUUGAGGUCUACGCCAUCACACUUCUUGCAACGGUUCUAGAAGAUGUAGACCUUGCAAUUUCCUGGGUUGAAAAUGCUCCAUUGCCUGAGGAAGAUCGACAGGGACUUCUGAGAAGGUUGCACUCUAUGCACUCUAUUAAAAAUACCAUUUUGUCUCAAGUUUCCUCUCUGCAAUCACCUACAACGGCUACAAAUAACAAUGAAACUUAUUUGUUGAAAGAAUUACACAAGAGUAGAGGAUUGCCUGAAGCAUUGAAAGGCAAGUAUGCCGACAAUAAAAUGUAUAGGUCCAAAGAUGGAGGGUCAAAAUUGUCUGAACGAAUAGAGACAUGUUUUUGGUGUUUCCGUUCUAUUAAUUUGAAGUUUGGUAAUGUGGAGUUCGUCGUACCUAGUGGGAAGAUUAUACUUGGUUGUUUGAUCUUGUUUGUCUGUUAUGUUAUCAAAAGAAAGCAAGCUACUUUGAAAAGGACUGUAAGAAGACAAGUGGUCGUGGUGAAGAGGGCUUUGGUCGAUUUGUGGCGGCUUGCAUUUUCAUAUCAAGUUAAUCCUUUAGCCGCUGUUGAACCACUCGCUGUUGCAACACGUCAAGCUCAGUGA